GCCACUAUUUCCCGAAUGCAGCGUUCAGCUGCUAGAACUGGUCGGACCGGUUCCGGUGUCGGUGUUGGGUUUCAGUCAGUUUCCUCAUGCUGCUGGAGGUACAGGAGUGGCAGUAACGACAGGGCGAGGAUGAACCACCGGAAGGAAAGUCUGGAGCUGGAGCUGAGCUGUGCCGUGUGUCUGCAGCUGUAUGAUGAUCCAGUGUCUUUACCGUGUGGUCACAGUUACUGCCUGCAGUGCGUCCGCUCCGUCCAGGAGUCCCAGCAGACCGGCGGACGACCCGGCGGACGACCUCGCUGCCCCGAGUGCCGCCAGGACUACAACGGCCUGGAGUCUCUGCUCAAGAACUUCAAGCUCGGUGGGAUUGUAGAGCGCUACCGCGAGGCCAUGUCCGAACAAGUGCUGACGGCGGGGAAACCGACGGUGCCGUGCGAUCAGUGCCUGGAUGGCGCAGAGCCGGCGGUGAAGACCUGCCUCCACUGCGAGACAUUGCUGUGCGAAGGUCACCUGAAGCGACACCAAGAACGACACAGGUCAAAAGGUCACACCCUGGUGGAGCCGCUGCCGGACCUGGACCAGCGGAGGUGUCCGGAUCACCGGGGCGAGCUGGAGUUCCUGUGCCUGCAGGAGCGUCGCUUCCUGUGUAACGAGUGCGUGAUGGAAGGGAAACACGUCGAGCAUGAGGUCCAGAUGCUGGAGGCGGCAAAGAGCGACCUGGUGCUAGUGGUGGAGGGGCUGGAGAAGGCCACGUCGGACCGGCUGCAGUUGACCGAGGCUCUGCUCCGGAGGGCCCAGGAGCGCGGGAUGAACUCGGGGGUCUGUACAGAGGUCCUGUCGGCCCGGGCAACCGAACUGCUGGACAACAUGGUGACGCUGAUCUCAGAGUACAAGGAGCGAAUGCGGAACCUGCUGGAGGAGGAGGUCCGUGAGUAUGACCGGGCGUGGCAGGCGAGCGUCGGUACCCUGAAGGAAUACCAGCAGCAGCUCAGCAGCACCCAGCGCCUCGCCAACGACCUGCUGCUCACCUCCCCAUCCAACUUCCUGUUCCUGAAGCUGUACAUUAAACAGGAGCCACAGCUCCGCCAGGCCGCCGGCGUCACCGUCCCCUGCCUCCCCAUCCCUCAACCCGCCGACACCAAGCACCUCCGGACUAGCCUUGGUACCGACACCUUCCGCACAGACCUGACCCAGCUGCUCCAGAGCCUUCAUGCCCUAAUGAACCCGCUAAAUCUCAGCUUCAACCCCGCGACGGUUCACUCCAGCCUCAUCCUGUCCACCGACUUCCUGACAGUAAAGCACUGGGGUGGUGGACGGCCCAGCUUCACCAGCGGAGACCAGAGUGAACGCUUCUGCACCUCCACUCAGGUCAUGUGUUCCCAGGCGCUGUCCAGUGGCGCCCACGUGUGGACGGUGGAGAUCGGCACGGGUACCAUGUGGUCCAUCGGUGUAUGCUACGCUAGCAUCCCGCGCAAAGGUGACCACAGCCGGAUAGGGCACAAUGCCGUCUCCUGGAGGCUCCAGUGGAAAAACAAGAAACUGACGGCCUGCCACGAUUCCAUCAGCACCACCGUGACGGAGACACCUACAGUACCCCCCAAGAGGCUGGAGGUGGCGCUAGAUUACGAUAAAGGAACGCUGGCUUUUUAUAAUUUGGCAGCAAAAGGGAGGAAACUGCAUCUCCACACGUUCAGAGCCAUGUUCAGAGAACCGCUGUACCCCGUGUUCGGACUGCACUCCACCACCGACGAGUCCUGGAUCACCCUGCUGAAUGCGGCCAUUUGACCCUUUAUUAGAUCAGAGGAUUAAUGCGUUAUUUUAUUAAACAUUCAAUUAUUGUGUAUAAAAAUAUACAUACACACAAUAAAAAUGGUUGUUGUGUGAAAGUAAUGCUGAUAUAUGAGAGUGAACGAAAUUAAGUUUAUUGAUUAAAACUGUUUAAAACAAUUGAAACAAGGCUCUAUCUAGUCCCCUGUUGGAUCUUCUAUCCUGAAUAUAAGAUAAGAUUGAGACGGUUGGGUUUGGAGGUUCUACAGGUUCUGUAUGGAUCCUGUUGCUACAGCUGGGCCUGUAGAUCCUGUAGCUCUACACUCGUAGGUUGAGUCCCAGCUGCUCCAUAAAUGCUGGAUUGGUGAUAAAUCUGGAGAGCGGGCAGGACGAGGAAGUGCUGCAACCUGGUGGAGACUGUGUUCCUGGGAAACCGUUGCUGUGUGUGGGUGAACAUUAUCCUGCUGAAAAAUGCUGCUGCUAUCAGCUGGAAGUUCUGCAGGACAGAAAGCAGCAACACAUGGAUCUGCAGAAUGUUCUGCACAGAUCACUGAGAUCACUGUUAGUGUUCCUCCUAUCACUACUAGGAGUGACUGACUCUCACUGUAUGAGAUGCUCCUCAGAUCAUCAAUCACACCUGCAGUUUACAGUGUGAACUCUUCAGUCCAGUAGUAGAGGCGUGUCUAGCAGUCAAUGAUCUCUCACCAGAAAGUACACUACCCAACAUUAAGUCUCAGAUGAACAUGAUCAGUCUGGUUAUGAUGAAAGCUAGACAGGCUGGUCAGGCGAGAUGAUCUUUUCCUCAUUACGCUGCAUUUCACCGGAACAAUGCAGUCUGUUCUUAACCAAUAAGGGUUUUGUCCUGAAGCAAGUAAAGCAGCUUCUUUCAACUGUGAGAAAAACAACAGAAACAGAACAAAACAACACCUGGAAACUCCUACAGUGACUUUACUGCCCAGUAAAAUCUUCUUAUCUACAGAGAAAUAAAGUAAUGUAAAUAUAAUUUACUAUAAUAUUAUACAUUGUGUGAAUCAGAGUAAAAAAGUGUGGCAUUAAAUUAAUUAUUGAAUAAAACUUAGAAAAGUUACUGAAAUUCAAAUAAAACACAAAACAGUGUUGAUGUAAACUGA